AUGGGUGUGAACGUAGAAACUAUUUCUCCCGGAGAUGAGUCCACCUACCCCAAGUCGGGCCAGACCGUAGUGGUCCACUACACUGGUACGCUGACCAACGGCAAGAAGUUUGACUCCUCCCGUGACCGUGGCAAGCCUUUCAAGUUCCGCAUUGGCAAGGGAGAGGUCAUCCGUGGCUGGGAUGAGGGUGUUGCCAAGCGUCAGUCAGAAGGAUGGCUUAAUCCCAGUGAACAAGAGAAUGGUUCCAUGUCAAAGAAGUUUAAAAAAGACGUUAUUGGACCUACGACCAGGACUAUUCAUGAUAACCCUCAGGAACAGUUUGUAGACAUGACUCAGAUCAAAAGUGAGAUGCUUCAGUAA